GCACACGGUAAGAAAAUAUUGUGUUAUUACUUAAAAGUAGAGAGAUGUUAAUCAUUUCCCUAAAAAGGUAUGGCGGGACUUAAAAAGCCGCACCAGCAUCAAAGCACGAAAUCGGCGAAGGCAACCAGCUUUAACUGGAAACAGGCCUAUCAGUGAGGAGCCCCUAACGGAUUUCGAGAGGCGGGUGUCUGCUCUUAUAGGGGAAGAAUAUAUGAAUGGGCACGAUUCAACAGCUGAAAAUAUUCCACUAGAGGAGGUAAUCCAAAUGGGUAUCGAAGUGAAAGAUGAAAGCAUGAUUUCGGAAGCCCCGUCGCCUUUACGGACGCCACUUGCAGAAAAUUUCACGCUGAGGUCAGGUAAUUCGCACAUCUCAGACAGGAGAACACCACGGGCGAACUUGAAAAGAAAGCGCAUGGAAGAAGACGAUGAUGCUCGGAAGAAAUUUUUGGAAAUAGCAGAAAAACAGGCAGAUGCACUAAAGAUGCUAGCCCAGUCGAGUGUAGAAACCGUAGAAGUCGCGAAACAACAAGCAGAUGCUUUAAAGAUCUUAGCCGAAAGCAGCUCUGCAAGUGCCCAGGCAAAUAAAAUGAUGGCGGAGGCAAUAGCCGUAUUGGGGAAUGGUUUAAGCGCUACCGCGGAAGCAUUCAACAAUCUAACGCCAAUCAUAAGCCAAAUACUCAAAGGACAUACUCGCGCUUUUUAA